ACUCUACAGCUUAGCUGAUUUUACCGUACCGUAUAAUAACGACGUGGUGCUGUAUCGUAUCGUAUCCCAUCGUACGGUUUCUUUCGGUAUUUUCGCGUCGGAAAUAGGAAACCGGUUACACUUAUGAGCCUAAGGUUAGCUGUUCGCCUUAACGUCUUGGCUGCUGGCUCGCGGUCUACUUGGUGUUUUCGAACGUGUCCAGACAUCCGAGCUUCAAGUUGAAAAUUUUUCAACCGGCAUCAACAUUCAACAGUUGUGUGAAUUGGAGUUGAAGUUCGCGAUCGUCUGUCUGUAGCGUUCGCCGAGCGUGUCGUCGCCUCACGUAUAAGUAUACAUAUUAUCGGUGUGGGUGGCUGCUGCGGAGCACCCAGUCAACUUGUUUCGUGGUACGUCGUCGAAUCGAAUUGCGCGAUUAUGAUUUGUGCUUGUGCUGUCGGUUAAUCGGGUCAGCUGCGAAUCUGAAUCGUCCAACACAAGAGGAGAGAUGUUAGUGCAAGACGAAGCCGAUAAAACCAUCCUCGGCGCGAGUCGAGUCGCCGAUCAUACAGAUGGCUACAUCGAUGAUGAUAUAGUCGCGAAUGAAACCAAAACCCUAACCCAAGAUACAGUUAGCAGCGAUGAUAACAAAAACUGGUGGAAUCGUGGUCGUAUACAGUACUGGCAACCGGCAGGACAGCAACAACAAGAAACAGAACUGGCCACGAAAAUGUUACAAAUACAACAUAAAAGAUUCUAUUUGGAUGUGAAACAAAACAGAAGAGGUCGUUUCAUCAAAGUGGCCGAGGUGACGCUGGAUGGGAGACGAAAUCAGAUAUUUCUCACCCUUUCGACGGCGGCCGAAUUUCGUGAUAAUCUGAAUUUAUUUAGCGAAUUUUAUUCUAGCUUGGGACCUCCGAAUCCGGACCACGUCCCCGAAGACGGUAAACUGAAAUCUGAAGUCAUAAUAAAAGACAACCGACGUUAUUAUUUAGAUUUAAAAGAAAAUACACGCGGAAGGUUCCUCAGGGUAGGGGUAUCGCAAACUAUCCUGCGAGGCGGACCUCGUUCGCAUGUCGCGAUUCCAGCGCAAGGUAUGAUCGAAUUUCGAGAUGCGUUGACAGAUCUAUUAGAAGAAUUCGGUACCGACGAUGGCGGUUUUAAAGGAGAGUUACCAGAAGGAAGACAUAUGCGUGUCGAUAAUAAAAAUUUCUACUUCGACAUCGGUCAAAAUAACCGCGGAGUUUAUAUGCGUAUUUCAGAAGUAAAGACAAAUUUUCGGACAGCGAUAACGGUACCCGAAAAAUCGUGGGCUCGUUUUCGCGAUUAUUUUGCUGAUUAUUGCGAUAAGAUGAAAGAAAAUGCGCAGAAAGAUACGGCCUCGACUGGAGAUGCCGCUGGUUCCAGUUCUGCCUAAAAAAUCAUUACCAUUAGACGGUUUCUUUUCUCUUUUUUCUCUUUUUUUUUCUUUCGUUAUUUACUUUUUCCUUUUUUUUCGUUUGUUUUUUUUUCUUUGUAAAUUUUUUUAAGUUCAUUAUUUAAACGAAUAAUUUUACGAUUGUUAUAAUCCGAAAAAGAUAAUUAGAAAAACAAAACAAAACAAAAUGAAUGUGAAAAAAUCUGCCAGAUUAUGAAGUUUAUGACGCGUAUACUUAUAUACGAUUUUUUUGCGGUGUACUAAAAAGAAAAAGAGGAAACGUUACAACUUUUUUUUUGUUUUCUAUCAACAUCUCUUAAAUAUGUUUUUUUCGUUCUCUUGUUUUUAAUAACCAAAAUCGAAACCGAUGGUGCUUUGAAAAAUUAUGUAUGUACCGGUACCUACGUUUUUUUCCUUCUCACGUUGUGUCGCGAUAAUUCCACUUAUAGAAUAUUACAAUAUUAUAAUACCUACUACGCCAAAAAUACACACGAUUGCUUGAUUUUUUUUUUGUAAAUUAACGGAAAAGGAAAUAAUUUGUAAUCGUAAUCAUAAUAAUAAUGAUAAUGAUAAUAUCUAAUAAUAACAAUAACGAUAAUAAUAAUGGUUAAUAAUUCGUCUAUACAUAGGAGUAGAAGUAUUAGUAAUACUUGGUAGUAGUUUCGUAUAAAAGUUCGAUAAGAAAAGAAGAAAAUUCCAAUAUAAGGGAUACAUUUUGUUUUAUUUUGUUUUAUUUUAUGAUUAUUUUUUUUGUUAAUUGCGUUAUUUUUACGUUUUGAAUUCUUUUUUUUUCUUUUCUUUUCUUGUACGUUUGUUUGUUGAUUGGUGAUUGGUUUAUUUCGUUUAUUUCUUUUUUUUUUGGUUUUGACUUAGUGUUUAACUAGAACGGUUGGCUUACGUAUUUUUUCUCUGUUCUUACCAUUUAAAAUAACCUACCACUGUUAAUUUAUAUAUAUUUAUUAUAAAUGUAUUUAGUUGAUGUACUAUUUUUCUUAAUAACGCUUUAAAGUGUGUAACGAAAACAAACAAACAUUUGCCCGCGUGUAUAAUUUUUUUUUUUUGAUUUAUUAUUUAUUUAUUUAUUUUUCGAUUUCGAUUUAUUUCUUCUUUCUAGAACACUCUUCUGUCGUGAGAGUUUUUUUCUUUUUCGUAUCUGUUUAUUAGUAUUACGUUUUCUUUUUUUUUUUGGAGCGAGUCUCCGAUGAAUUAAUUACCGAACCUCACCCUUCAUUUUUUUUUGUUUCUUUUCUUUUCGUUUCUGUUCGAUGAAUUUUUAUCGCCGAUAUUGGGCGUUUAUUUGUUUAUUACCUAUUUAUUAUUUAUUUAUUUAUUCAUUCAUACAUUCAUUUCAGUCAAUUUAUCGUUUUUUUUUCUCUUAUUUUGUUUUCUGUUGAGAUUCGUCAUAGACGAUGAUAGCUAAAAUACUGUAAAUUGAGCACUUGUUAAUUAUUUGAAUAAUUUGUAAUAUUAUAUAUUGUUAAUUCAUACAUUGUAUUCGUAGCUGUAGUAAAACUGAAUGAAAAAGAAAGGAAAAAAUCGCGCGCGCACGUUCACCAUCAUUGUUAAUUAUAUUUAAUAUAAUUUUGUGCGAAUCAAAUUCUUUUUUUCUUUCCCCAUUUUCCUUUUUUUUUCGUAUAUAAUUAUAUAGCCGACUCCUUCGAAAUACUUCCUCCAUUUUUAUUUCGUGUUUAUCAUAUGAUCCAACCUGGUGGUAGAAAGAUGAAUAGUCGCUCUAGGGACCAAAAUUUAUUGGAGGCUCGAGUGUCGUUAAAUAUGAUUUUUCAUCCUGUUACCGUCCAUAUAUUUUGUCGCUUGAAAGUUGGGACAGAUUUUGUUUUGUUGUGUUGUUAGAUGAGGUAUUAUAGUUUUACCAGUGAUGUGUUUUACGUAAAGAGUGAGCCCGAUGUUAACCACACUCGUAUACCUAUUUAGUAUUUACUCGAUAGAAUUAUUCCUCUAUUCGAAUUCGUGGAAAUGUAGCAACCUUUGAUCCUUUUCCACUCAGUCUUUCUUCAACUUUACGUGUACUUGUAGGUGAUUUGAAAACCGUAACCGGACUUGUGAAUGUGUGUGUAGCUCUCCUUGUGACAGUUGUUUUAAAAUUAUUACUCCAUCCAUCGUUUAAAACGAUUUUAAUUUAUACGUAUUUUUUCCUUUUUUCUUCUCGUUAUAAUUUUUUUCUUUCUCUUUCCAAUAUUUUAGAAUAAUAACGAACGUCAGUUCUAAAAAUUUUAUUCUCGUUUAACCGUAGAUUUGUAUUCGUAGAAUGUUGAAAUCUGUUCUGUUUGAUGUUUGUAGUUACAGUUUGCAAAGUUUAAUUCGAACGUUGUUUCAAUAGUGCAUUUUUUUUUUUUUGCGUUGAUAAUUACUGCCAUUUUACUAAUCGAAAAUGUUUAAUUGGUUUAAUUUAUACGUACGUUUAUUUGUUCAAUUGUUCUUAUAUUGUACGAGUACCUACUACGUAUGUAAUUUUAGUAAAGCAUCAAGAAAUUAUGGUUA